AUGUCCCUCAUCCCGUGGCUCCGGUGGACCGAGGCCUCUCCACGGCUGUCAUCCCGGAGCCCAGCUGAGAUGGUGCUGGAGACACUCAUGAUGGAGCUGGUGGGGCAGAUGCGAGAGGCCGAGAGGCAGCAGCGGGACCGCAGCAACGCGGUCAGGAAGAUCUGUACCGGAGUGGACUACAGUUGGCUGGCCAGCACGCCCCGGCCCACCUAUGACCUCAGCCCUGGUGAGCGGCUGCAGCUGGAGGACGUCUGUGCCAAGAUCCACCCUUCCUACUGUGGGCCAGCCAUCCUCAGGUUCCGGCAGCUGAUGGCCGAGCAGGAGCCGCAGGUGCACGAGGUGGCCCAGCUCUUCCGCUCGGUGCUGCAGGAAGUCCUGGAGAGGAUGAAGCAGGAGCAGGAGGCCCACAAGCUGACCCGCCAGUGGAGCCUGCGGCCUCGCGGCAGCCUGGCUUUAACCACCUUCAAGACGCGCGCUCGCAUCUCCCCCUUCGCCAGCGACAUCCGGACCAUCUCGGAGGACGUGGAGCGGGACACUCGGCCGCCGCCCCGGACCUGGAGCAUGCCCGAGUUCCGGGCGCUCAAAGAGGACUGA